GCAUCAUGUGAACUUUGCCCUCGAUCCACUUCCUCCUUCCUUUUCCGGUGAGGCCGGUAGCAGGUCUAAAAGAUGGUUCAACGCCUGACAUACCGCCGUAGGUUGUCCUACAACACCGCCUCCAACAAGAAAAGAUUGUCUCGCACACCUGGGAACCGCAUUGUAUUCCUGUAUACCAAGAAGGUUGGCAAAGCACCAAAGUCUGCAUGUGGCAUCUGUCCUGGAAGACUCCGCGGUAUUCGGGCUGUUCGACCCAAGGUCCUAAUGAGAUUGUCAAAGACCAAGAAGCACGUCAGUCGAGCUUAUGGUGGCUCCAUGUGUGCCAAGUGUGUACGUGACAGAAUUAAGCGUGCAUUCCUUAUUGAGGAACAGAAGAUCGUAGUGAAGGUGCUGAAAGCCCAAGCACAAAGCCAGAAAUCGAAGUGAACCAUCUAGUUUUGUAUAAACAUGAAAGUAAAAGCCUAAUUGGAACUUG